AUGCUGGCCAGAUUCAUUCCCGCCAUUCUCUUCUUCGCUUUCGCUGCGGCAGAUCUUCAUGAUAGCUGCACGUGCCACAAUGGCGACAGCUACAACUGGCGAAUGACCACAAACGCAUGUGCUUCAUACAACGACGCCAACUACCAGUGGGGUGGCGCUUUCUAUGAUACUCCAUCUGGACGAUGCACCCAACAAUCGGCUGAAGAACAACUUGCCGGGGAUCAAUGGGAGGCAGCAUGCAAAGAAAUUGCCAAAACUGGCUUCCAGUGUUCGGAUGGUGUGGGAACUUGCUAUGCUAACCCAGAUGAUGUUCGUGGUUGGUGUUAA